AUGAGGGUUAUUGAAGUGAUUAUUGACGGCUUCAAGUCGUACGCAGUGCGUACGGUCAUUUCGGGAUGGGAUGAGAGCUUCAACUCAAUCACUGGCCUUAACGGCAGUGGAAAAUCAAACAUCCUCGAUGCCAUUUGCUUUGUUCUCGGAAUUACCAACAUGUCUACUGACUUGAUUUACAAGCGCGGUCAAGCCGGUGUUACCAAAGCCAGCGUCACAAUCGUUUUCGACAACCGAGAAACCAAAAAAUCGCCGAUUGGAUUCGAAGAAUAUGCCACAAUCAGUGUGACUCGCCAGAUCGUUCUCGGAGGAACCUCCAAGUACCUCAUCAACGGUCACCGAGCGCAACAGCAAACGGUGCAGAACCUUUUCCAAUCCGUUCAGCUCAAUAUCAACAACCCCAACUUCCUCAUUAUGCAGGGACGUAUCACAAAGGUCCUCAACAUGAAGGCUGUGGAAAUCCUAGCCAUGAUUGAGGAAGCUGCGGGAACAAGAAUGUUCGAGGAUCGCCGAGACAAGGCCUUGAAAACAAUGGCGAAGAAGGAGAUGAAGUUGGGGGAGCUUCGAGAGCUUUUGAAGGACGAGAUCGAACCCAAGCUCGAGAAACUACGAACCGAGAAGCGAGCCUUCCUCGACUUUCAACAGACACAAAACGACCUCGAGCGGCUGACUAGAGUGGUUGUUGCAUACGACUAUGUCAGAUGCCAAGAGAAGCUGAGACAAUCAGCAGCAGAUCUUGAGGGAAAGAAGCAAAGGCAGCGUGAUUUGGAGGAGUCGGCAGCUCGCUUGCGAAGCGAAAUCUCCCACCUCGAAGAAGAUGUCAAGAAGGUGCGCUCUCAGAGAGACAAGGAACUUCGAAAGGGCGGCAAGGCUCAAGCACUGGAGGAGGCUGCCAAGAAGCACUCAAAUGAACUUGUGCGGUUGGCUACUGUUCUCGACCUGAAGAAGUCCAGUUUAGCAGAGGAGAAGGAGAAAAAGGAGGCGAUGGAAAAGACUGUUGCCGAAUUGGAGGCCACCCUGCAAGAAAAGACGUUGGCAUUCGAGAACGCCAAAGCCACAUACGAUGCUGCAAAGAACGACCUUGAGCAGCAGAACAAGGACGCAGAGUCCAAAGAAGAGCUUCUUCAGACACUACAAACCGGUGUCGCUUCCAAGGACGGCCAGGAGAAUGGUUAUCAAGGUCAGCUCCAGGAUGCCAAGAACCGUGCCACAGCAGCAGCGACAGAACAAGAGCAAGCCAAGAUCAAGAUAUCGCAUCUAGAGAAACGUGUCAAGGAAGAGGAGCCCCGAGCAAGGAAGGCGAAGGAGCAGAACGCUGAUCUUUUGCGAGACCUUGACGGGCUAAAGAUCCAGGCACAAAAGCUCGAGAAGGAGCUCGGCCGUCUAGGCUUUGAGCCAGGCCAGGAAGAGCAAAUGUACAAGCAAGAAUCUGAGCUGCAACAAACGGUCAGAAACCUCAGACAAGAGUCGGACACGCUGAAACGCCGGGUUGCCAACACCGAGUUCAACUACGCGGACCCUGUGCCCAACUUUGACCGGUCCAAGGUCAAGGGAUUGGUAGCUCAGCUCUUCACGCUGGACAAGCAGCACACACAAGCCGGUACUGCUUUGGAGAUAUGUGCUGGAGGUCGCCUCUACAACGUGGUCGUCGAUACCGAGGUGACGGGUACGCAACUACUGCAGAGAGGAAAGCUGCGGAAGCGAGUGACCAUCAUUCCACUCAACAAGAUUGCCGCCUUCAAGGCAUCAGCUCAAACCAUCGCCACAGCUCAAAAAAUUGCUCCAGGCAAGGUCAACCUGGCUCUGACUCUAGUUGGAUAUGACGACGAGGUCUCUGCGGCGAUGGAAUACGUAUUCGGCAAUACCUUGAUCUGUGCCGAUGCAGACACGGCGAAGAGAGUCACGUUUGAUCCCAACGUACGCAUGAGGAGUAUCACUCUUGAAGGUGAUGCUUAUGACCCCUCGGGUACCUUGUCUGGCGGAAGUUCACCCAACUCAAGCGGCGUUCUAGUUCUUCUUCAGAAGCUCAACAGCCUAACCCGCCAGCUGAGCGAGGCUGAACACUCGUUGAAGGAGGUUCAGCGCAGAAUUUCCUCCGAGAAGGCCAAGCUUGACCAAGCCCGCAGGAUCAAACAAGACCUAGACUUGAAGACUCACGAGAUCAAGCUGGCCGAGGAGCAGAUCGGCGGCAACUCUUCCUCCUCCAUCAUCCAGGAGGUCGCGAACAUGAAGUCAACAAUCGCAGAGCUGAAAGAGAGUAUCACUGAAGCCAAGGCCCGGCAAGCAAAGGCCAGCGCCGAUGUCAAGACCAUCGAAAAGGAUAUGAAGGACUUUGACAACAACAAGGACGCCAAGCUCGUCGAGCUGCAGAAGGCCCUUGAUAAGCUACGAGCCGGUCUCGGCAAGAAUACUGCUGCAGUCAAGACACUCCAGAAGGAGCUUCAAAACGCUCAGCUUGAUGCUGAGCAAGCGGGUUUCGAUUUGUCUGCUGCUCGAGAGCAGCUGCAAGAAGUCGAGGUCGGUAUCAGUGCGCAGCAAAAGGAUAUCGAGGAUCUCGUCAAGCAAAAGGCUCAGGUAACUGAGACACACGACACGGUUCAGGCUGAGCUUGAUGAUGAACGUGCCAAGCUCCAUCUCUUUGACGAUGAGCUACGAGCGUUGGAGGAUGCCACGCGGUCCAAAAACGCACGCAUCGCCGAAGAGGGCCUCGAGAUGCAGAAACUCGGCCACCAGGUAGAGAAGUUCCACAAGGAGCAGGAGGGAGCGGCUGAGAACGUGGCCCAUCUCGAAGAGGAAUACGAAUGGAUCCACGACGAGAAGGACAAUUUUGGCCGCAGUGGAACUCCUUAUGACUUCCGUAACCAGAACAUCGGGGAGUGCAAGUCGACGCUGCGCAACCUGACGGAGCGGUUCCAGGGCAUGAAGAAGAAGAUCAAUCCCAAGGUCAUGAACAUGAUUGACAGCGUUGAGAAGAAGGAGGUGUCACUCAAGCACAUGAUCAAGACGGUCAUCAGGGACAAGCGCAAGAUCGAGGAGACGAUUGUCAGCCUAGACGACUACAAGAAGAAGGCCCUUCAGGAGACGUGGGAGAAGGUCAACGGAGACUUUGGCAACAUCUUCUCGGAACUGCUUCCUGGUGGCAGCUUUGCCAAGCUUGAUCCGCCCGAGGGCAAGACUAUCAGCGAUGGCUUGGAGGUCAAGGUCUGCCUCGGAAAGGUGUGGAAGCAAAGCUUGACCGAGCUGAGUGGUGGUCAAAGGUCUCUCGUUGCUCUCUCUCUCAUUAUGGCUCUACUCCAGUUCAAGCCUGCGCCCAUGUACAUUCUCGACGAGGUUGACGCAGCGCUGGAUCUCUCACACACGCAGAACAUUGGCCGUCUGAUCAAGACGCGGUUCAAGGGCUCGCAGUUCAUCGUCGUCAGUCUCAAGGACGGCAUGUUCCAGAACGCGAAUCGCAUCUUCCGGACGCGCUUCAGCGAGGGCACCAGUAUGGUGCAGGCUCUCACGCCGGCAGAUAUGAAGUAA